AUGAGUAUUUGCGGACUCAUUUGGUUGGAAGCAGCACGUGUUAUCCAGCACAUGGAUACCAAUAACGACAACUACGAGGCAGCGAUGGAGCUGCUCCGUGAAAGGUUUGACAAAAAACGAACAAUCGCGGGGAAUUAUCUGCGCAAAUUCUACAAAUUGCCUACUGCCAGGGAAGAACGUAACCCAAGCAUAAGGCAGUACAUGGACGUGGCAGCCGAAUUUUUAGCAAACAUGAGUAGCAUCGGAAUAAGUACUGAACUCUGGGACAUACUUGUCAUAUACGCUAUUACUCAGAAAUCGGAUCGGGAAUUCCGACAACUAUGGGAAUCAUCCAUUGAAGCAGAUUCAGACAUACCCAGCUUAGACAAUCUCAUGGAAUUCCUGACAAGCCGCUUCAGGACAUUGGAAGCUUUGAAGUUACAACAAAAACCACAGAAAGUAGAUACACUCACUGUUCAAGACACUAAAGUAUGCAUCUUCUGCGAAAAGUCAUACUAUGUAAAUCAAUGCGACGCAUUCAAGGCAUUGAACAUGCAACAGCGGAGAGACUCGGUGAAAAAAUAUAGGCUGUACUUCAAUUGCCUGAAGAAAGGACACGUGCUCAGCAAAUGCCCAUUUGCUUCGAGAUGUCGUACCUGCAGUAAACCACACCACACGUUACUCCACAAUAACGGCCACAGGCCAGCAAGCUAUCAACCGACGCAUCACCAUUUGUUCCAACCACCAAUUCGUUGA